AUGGCCUCGUCGUCCUCCUCUGACUCCGGCCGCAUCGCCGGAACCCUAGCCUUGCGUACGAGCUCGGCCUUAGCGGCGGCGUCGCUAAUCCCGGGGCUCCCGGACGACGUUGCAACUGUCAUCCUUUGCCUGCUCACCUUCCCCGACCAGUCCCGCCUCCGCGCCACCUCGCGCGCGUGGUGCUUGCUCCUCUCCGCGGCCACGCUCCUCCCGCUCCGCCGUAGCCUCCGCCUCCCGCGCCGCCACCUUCUCUGCCUCUUCCCCACCGACCCCUCACUCUCCUCCCCGAUCCUGCUCGACCCCGCCGCGCCCACCGCCUGGUGGCCCCUCCCGCCGCUCCCCUGCUCGCCGCAGCUCUACGGGCUCGCUAACUUUGCCGCCCUCGCCGUUGACCGCCACCUCUACGUCCUCGGCGGGUCUUGCUUCGACGCCCGCAGCUACCCUUUGGGGCAACCCUCCGCCUCGGCCGCGGUCUACCGGCUCGACCUUGCCAACUCUCGACAUUGCUGGGAACGCCUUCCCGACAUGCAGCUCCCGCGGGGGAGUUUCGCGUGUGCCCACACGCCCAGUGCUGGCGGGCUCCUUGUCGCCGGUGGCGGGUCCCGACACCCCAUGUUCCCCUCCAACGGCAGCCGCACCGGCAGCACCGAGUGGUAUGAUGCCACCGCGCAGUCGUGGCACCUUGGUGCCUCGAUGCCUCGUGAUCGGGCUGGGUGCGUGGGGUUCUUGGCACGCGGAGCAGGGGACGGUGGUGAGGAUGAGUUCUGGGUGAUGGGCGGCUAUGACGGGUACACCACGUUGGGAGGCGUGGUGCCAAAGGACGUGUACUGCCGGGAUGCGGUGGUGCUUGGACUAUGGAGUGGUAAGUGGAGGGUGAUUGGAGACAUGUGGGAGGAAGGGGAGAGGAGGCGUCUUGGCCCCAUUGCAUCUUUAUCUGCAGAUGAUGGAAGAAUUACCGAGGUGUUCAUGCUAGACGGCAAUGAUGUCUUCAGGUAUGACUUCGCUUCAAACAGGUGGCUGAAAGAGGCAACCACGAGAAGAAAGAUCCCAAACACUGAAUCUUGCGGUUUCAUACCAAUGAACGGGGAACUGUACGUGCUCAGAUCUGCAAAAGUUCGUGUUGAAGCCUCUGGUCCGUGGAGGCAGCUGAAGAAGAAGCUAGCUAUGGAGUUUCAGGUGUACAACCCUGUGACGAAGAAAUGGAGAGUGCUCACCACGCAUCCACCUGUUGAUGCACCCAUUGAUUUUAGGACUGCAGCUCUGUGUACAGUUGAGUUGUAG